AUGGAUAGAUUCGGUUCAUUCUCAAAGGUGAAGUUGACAUUCAUGUCAAAGCAAGAGACUGAAGAGCAGAACCGUUUGAAGAAGAUCAAGUUUGAACAUGCCAUUCAACAGCAUGCCAAUGUCAAUAAUUCAGCUGGUGGUAGUGUCGCCAAGCAUCAGAUUGAUGCUAACUCCACUGUUACACUCAUGCCUGACUCUUCACACACAGAAUUCGAUGCCACGGAGUUCCUUCGAUUCAACUCUGUAAAGUACAAGCCAUCUUCUCAUUCAACUAGCUCAUCAUCGAAUGGACAGAACACACCUGGGCGUCCAAUACCUCCACAACAACGCGCCAGUCCAGCGCCACUCUCAAUGAACUUGGGCAACACUUCACCAAAGCCCUUGGCCACUUCGACAACUCCGUUGAAGACGACGACAAUGACAACACCAAUGCCAACUCUUUCACCAAUCAAACCUACUUUGAACACGAAUACAAAGCUUAUACUAAAUACCAAUGGCAAUGGAAAUACACUCAAUCGAUCACCUCUUAAACCUACUUUAAACAUCAACAAACCAUUGUCUUCAUUGAAUGGCAAUGUCAAUGGCAACACAACAUCCUCACAUAAUGUACCAAGCAAGGACUUCACAUCAGUGGCUACUUCCACUUCAACUACUUCGUCACUGUCUUCAUCAAACUCAACCAAUACAAUCAACAAUGCACCUGGAGACGAUCCGAUCAACUUCAUGGUACUAAAUCCAAAGACAUCAACUGCUGCCACAGCAGUAUCAACAUCCGACGCCGCUCAGCCAUCAGACAACAACCAAACAACAGACAUCUUAGACUUUGACUUUGAUGAUUUCAACACAGAUGCAUCAUCAUCAUGCUCUAUCAAAGCUACACCCUCCAUAUCCAACAUAUCCAUUCCCUCAUUCUCACACAGUAGCAUACUUAAGCCACGAUCAACAACAUCAUCAACAUCCUCAUCAACAUCCUCAACAUCAACUUCAUCAUCGAAAACAUCAACUACAACUACUUCAACUACAAAUAAUGCCAAUGACAAGUUUGAUCAAUGGAAGAACUCAGACGCUGACCCAACAAAGACUCACAUCUCUGUCGAUGAGAUCAAGGCGAGGAUCGCACAUGAGCCAUUUAGAAAGUUUGCAAUGUUGGUGAAGGACUCGAUCAUUGACGUCCAGACAACGAAACCCUAUUCAGCCGAUCUCCAAGCACUGCCCAGCGACCUGAACAACCACCUAAAGAGCGCAAUGGCCAGAAUGAAGAGACAACAGCUCUACUCACAUCAGCUCGAGUGUCGACAGGCUGUGCGCAGCAUGCAAGACGUGAUAAUCACGACACCAACGUCCAGUGGCAAGUCCCUCUCGCUCUUCCUGCCCAUCUUUGAAGAGAUAAUCAACCAAAAGGCGCGUGGACAAAAGUCCUGCGCGGCAAUGUUCCUCUUCCCCCUGAAUGCGCUGGCCAACAAUCAGCAAAAGGCCAUCGAGAGCUUCAACGCGGAGAUUGACGCGCAGUUCCGUCUAAAGAUCAAGUUUGUCAAUGGCGAGACGGACAAGGCGUCGCUGCCCGAUAUCUUUAGCGAGCCCUACCCCGACAUCCUCCUGACCAACCCCGACUGGGUACACUACCAGUUGCAACGCGGCGGAUUCGUCGAGAAGUGGAAAGGCUGGCGCGCCUGGUUCGCCAAGCUCAGGUUCAUCGUGCUGGACGAAGCGCACACGUACUCUGGCAUCAUGGGCUGUCACUUUAUCAAUCUAUUGCGACGAAUUACCAACUACCACGCGAUCGUCUCGAGCACCAGCCCAUCAACAAACACGCUACAGUAUAUGUUGGCAUCGGCAACAAUUGGAAACCCGAUACAAAUGGCCAAGAAGCUGUUGAGCAAGCCAGACACUCAUUCAAUCCAUCUCAUUGAUCGCAAUGGCUCGGGAUCAUUCUCCAAGGUCUACAUCACAUUGAAGCCAUCCACCAUCAGUCAAUACCAUACUCCAGGCAAUGUGAUCCAUCACUGGGUCGAGAACAACCUAAAGGGUAUCGUGUUCUGCAACACCAUCAGAGGUGUCAACGGACUGAUACAAUACCUUGGAUCGGAUUCAAAAUAUACGAGAACAGCCAGACAAGUCAAAGCAUACUAUUCAUCUUUGAAACCAUUCCUCAAACAAGAGACAUUGAAUCAACUCAAGUGUGGACAGACCAAGGUCAUCAUUGCCACAAACGCGCUAGAGGCUGGUGUCGAUAUCUCAGAGUUGGAUUCAUGUCUAAUCAUUGGAUAUCCAGGUUCCAAAAUGAGUUGGAAGCAAAGAAUUGGACGUGUUGGACGAUCCAAGAUGGGUCUGGUCGUGUUCAUUCCAUCUAAUACACCCCUGGACAAGUACUACUCCCAACACCUAUCAUCAUUGUUGGAUGGCGACACUGAGAGUCUAUCAUUCAAUGGUGACUUCCCGACAGUCUUAUCCGCUCACCUAUUAUGCGCCACACAUGAGAUUGGUAUACCUGUGAACUACGAACAGUUGGGGCAGAAGUUUGGACCACAGGCCAAGCCGAUCAUUGAUGAGCUGGUCAAGACGGGCAAGAUAAAGGUGCAGACUGUGGGCAACAAGACGUUGUGGCGAUCAUCUGACUAUGUACACAAUACUCUGUCCAUCCGCGGUGGCACUGGAUUGAACGAGGUGGUCGUGGCCAAAGUGGGCAAGCAGGUACAGAUCGAGGAGAUGUCCAAGAUGCAGGCCAUCACCCGUCUGUUCCCCGGCGCCAUCUUUAUGUCCCACAACACCGAGUCGAUGGACAUCUAUCAGGUGCUCUCGCUGGACAUGGCCAAGCACGGAGAGCCCGGCACUGCGCAGCUGGAGAGGAUGCGCAUGGCCGCCAACACACGCAUCACCACGACACCGACCAAGUCGUGCCAGGUGGACAUUGUGUCAGUGCUUCAGAGGAAGACUGUGGCAAUGCGUGGCAACCUUCCACCUUUGGAGAUCACAUUUGGUGUGGCCAAGUACACGACCAUCGUGCGAGGCUACGAGAAACGCACAUACAGUCAAGUACGAUCAAGCACAGGGCGCACACUCAAUGACUCCCAUUACAACUCAACAUCAGAGUCACAGAAGUUCAGCCUCAAGGAACCACUCCAGGUCCACUACGAGACACCAUUCAUCCAGUUUGCAUUCCAAGAGCAAUCAAGAUUAGAUCCAAAGGCAACACUAAGACAGCUAUUCAACAAGCGCAUUGAAUCAUUCAAGAAGAGUAGCCUGUGUUUGAAUAGCAGGGACUUUGAGCCAAAGAUCGAUGAUUUGAUCGAGAUGGGCGAAGUGAUGGUCAUGCUACAUACUAUAGUUCAUCAGAUACUGGCCACAGUGCCAUCGAUACUGUUAACAUCGCGCAACGAUGUGGAGGAGUGUAUACCGACCGUGACGCCUGUGCUCGACGGUGACUUUGGCCGCAACAAUCAGACGUUGGACGUUACCAACUUCCUGGACCAGGCCGACCGCAUCUAUCUGCUGGACAGUGCCGAGGGUGGCACAGGCUCAUGCCAAGACAUCUUUGACCACAUCGAUGAGAUCUUUGCCAAGUGUGCCGAGUUCCCGCCCUGUCCAAACUGUGCCGCCAGUGUCGAGGAAGGCACCAUUCUCUCUGAAGACUUUGGCUGCAUCUUUUGUCUACAUUCCAAUCAUUGCCAAAGAGGUGUACUUAAGAGUAUGGGUGUCUGUCAACUUGACAACAUAACUAAUGCGAAUGUGAAUGUGAAGUGA